GGUACUUGCCUCUGACAAGGGAAUUAUAAUUACGCUAACUAGUGUGCCGGAGAGGAACUCACUCGGCGCAAACUUUUGGCGGACGAUGCGAGUGCGGUUCAUUCACCUCCUGUGAGAAGCUGGGUGUCUUCGAGCCAUGGGUACUGGCAGGGGGUCUGGUACUGAGGAAGGAGGUUCUAAGAGAACAUUCAAACAUAAAGAACCACCUGUCGAAGAGCUGGUGCCUCCAGACGGUGGCUGGGGUUGGCUCAUUGUACUCGCUUGUGGUAUCAUGCAGUUCGUGCUGCCGACGCUCUCCACGUGCUUCGGCCUCGUGUACGUCCGCCUCGUGUCGUUAGGAUAUACGAACUCCCAGGUGGCACCCAUUCCUGGCCUCUUGUAUGGCCUCUCCUGUCUCAUCGGUCCUCUGGCCACCAGUCUCAGCCGAUACUACAGCCACCGUCGACUCAGCGUCUUCGGCAUUUGUACAAUGGCCGCGGGGGUGUUCCUCAGCGCCUUCUGGGACAACCUGUCUUGGCUCUACGUCUGCUUUGGAGUUGUUGGAGGCUUGGGCCGCGGCCUUGUGAAUCCUCAAGGCUUCAUCCUGGGCCAGAUGUACUUCCGCCGAAGGAGGGUGGCCGCCAACGCCCUCUCGAUGCUGGGAUCCUCGCUAGGCUUCAUGGUGAUGCCGCCCCUCGUCAGGUUCCUCGCCAACACGUACGCCCACCAGGGCGCCCUCAUGCUGUGGUCGGCUAUCCUGCUGCACGGCCUCGUGGGCGCCGCUCUCUACCAGCCGGUCGAGUGGCACUUGAAGCCCAACCCGCUGGCCAACGUUCGCCUGAUCGAAGCUAGACCGUGCCAGGAAGAGACCCAUAAUGGCACAAGGGUAAAUGAUUCGGACGAUUUUGAUGGAGAGGAAUUCGGAAAUGAAUCACGUGGCACAGAAGCCGAAAGCAACUGUCAUAUGCACCCUCAUGACCCCUGUCGCUGUCAUAGACCCCUCGAGUCAACGACUCCUGAAGGGGAAGCGCAGGUAUUUCUCGCCGAAGCAGAGGAGGGCGAGCGUGUGGGCGGCGGCAGAAGAGUAGCCAGCGUUCUCAGAACUUCCCUCCGUAGCAACCUCUACAGCUCAUGUGACGUCAUCGACCAAUUUAGCAGCGCCCUCUCGCUUGAAGGGGGAAAGAUGAAAGGCAGUAAUGAUAACAUUGCAGAAAAGGGUGAUAAAAUGUUGAAAGAACCCCAGUUCAUAAUCCUGUGCGGGGUGAAGUUUCCCAGAUUUUCGGACAUAAUACAUUUCAGAAUAUUGUUGCAUCCGAUUUUCCUCAUUGUGUCCAUCUCUAGUAUUGCCAACAGAAUGGUGUUCAUGAACUUCGUCACGUACAUCCCGGCCGUGGGGGAAGACCUGAACCUCUCGGACGAGGCGCCCUUCAUGCUCACCAUCAUCUCCUUGGCUGACCUUGUCGCGAAGGGCAUCAUGGCCGUCGUUAGCGACCGCGGAUGGUGCCAGCGUCGCUACUUCGUCAUCGCCGGCGGCGUCAGUGCUUCUGCAGCUGCCUUGACGGUGCCCCAGACGUGGAACUUCCUGAGCCUCGCCUCCUGCUGCGCCCUCUACGGAUUCAGCCUGGGCGUCAUCGUGUCGGUGGCCCCCGUCCUGCUGGUGGAGUACCUCGGCCUCAAGCUCCUCCCCUAUACCUUCGGGCUACUCCUCUUCAUGAAUGGGGUGUCGGCGCUUAUUAUAUUCCCUCUUACUGGAAUCGUCAAUGACAUAAUGAAUAACUACACGUCGACCUACUACGUACUGGGCGGACUCUCCCUGCUGCCGGCUGUACUGUGGAGCCUCGUCCCUUUAGUUAACCAGGAGAAAAUCAAGAAUCCUGUUUAAAUGUUUU